AUGUCUGCUAAAAUCGAAUUAAUUAAGAGACGACCGUGGGUGAAAAGGAUAGGGGAUUAUUUUGAUGCGUUAGACCUCAACCAAAACGGUUUUUUAACUCAAGACGAAUUCUUACAGCUGGCGGAGAAUUUGCAAUCUAUGUGCAAGGCCACCCCUUUGGAGAUCACAAAUUCACGCAUCGAACUUUGUCAGUUCUGGAGCGCCGUGGGUUUCAUGCCAGGACAGAAAAUCACAAAGUCCCAGUUUACUGAAGGAUUCAACCGUCUCGCGCGAGAUGAAGUGGAACGGAAGGAGGCAGGCGACAAAGCCUUGCUCGAACAACUAACUGACGCCUUCUUUGACAUCAUGGAUGUGAACAACGAUGGUACGGUAACUCUGGAUGAGCGAAAGAUUUUUAUGAAAGCCCGUAGUUUGGAUCCAAAUGCAGCCGAGGAUUGGUUUAAAUUAGCUGACCGAGACAGGAAUGGAAGAGUGGAACGACAAGAACUCUUCAAGUACGAGUUUGAUUUCUGGUUCCUGCAGAGAUACCGCUGCCUGGAAGAACACUCCCAGUACAACCGCUGA